AUGACGUAUGCAGCACGCUGUCCUCAGUAAACUCUCCUCUCCGUCAAGCUCGCGCACAAGUAAACUUUGAACAGAAGUUGCUAGAUCUACUCGCGAUGCUUUCCGCUGACAAACCCAGAGGAGAUUUCACCGCAGAAUAAGACGGUCUGGAGGAUUGUUUGAGAUCUGCCGCGGAAUAAAUCUUCAGCAGCUGCUGGUGAUGUGGGCUGUGUGCGCGCUCGUGGUGCUGUGCGUCCCCGCGGAUGUGCGCGCGCUCAACUGCAGCGUGGUGAAAGACGCGUACCGCGCGCUGGGUUUCAGUCCAGAUGAUGUGCCCGCGGAGCAGACCUCAGGUGAGGAUCUGCAUGUUUGUGCUCCUCUGGAAACCUGCUGUAACUCUCAGAUGGAGGAAAGUUUCAGUCACAGAAGCUCUCGGGACUUCCAGAAGCUCAUGGACGACGCCAGUGAGGAGCUCAGAGACACAUUUAUGAGCGGACAUAAAAGGUUUGAUGAUUUCUUCCUGGAGCUGCUGGAGAGCACUGAGCGCUCUCUGAACGAGAUGUUUGUACGCACUUACGGUAAACCGUACCUGCAGAACGCCGAGGUUUUCCAGAGUCUGUUCUCAGAACUACGACGUUUUUACACCGGCGGAAACGUCAACCUGGAGGAGAUGCUGAAGGACUUCUGGACGCGAUUAUUAGAGCGCAUGUUUCAGCUGCUCAACUCUCAGUUUCAGAUCACGGACGAAUAUCUGGAGUGCAUUGGUAAAUACACGGAGCAGCUGCGGCCGUUCGGAGAUGUGCCUAAAAAGCUGAAAUCGCAGGUGACUCGAGCGUUUAUUGCCGCGCGCACAUUCGUACAGGGACUCGUGGUCGGACGGGACAUCGCUAACAGAGUCACUCAGGUCAACAUGAGCUCGUCGUGUGUCAGUGGUUUUACGAAGAUGCUCUACUGCUCGUAUUGUCAGGGUUUGUUCACACUGAAGCCCUGCAGAAACUACUGUCUGAACGUCAUGAAGGGCUGCUUUGCAAACCAGGCCGAUCUCAACAGUGAAUGGAGCAAAUAUAUCGAUGCACUGCUGCUGCUGACAGAGCGUCUGGAGGGCCCGUUUAACAUUGAGUCUGUGAUGGAGCCCAUCGACGUGAAGAUCUCAGAGGCCAUCAUGAACAUGCAGGAGAACAGCAUGCAGCUCUCUUAUCAGGUUUUUCAAGGUUGUGGGCAGCCAGAGCCAGCAGGAAUGACCCGCUCGGCCCGCGGCGUCCAUGACUCCUUCAGUGGACGCUUCAAGCCCUACGAGGAGCUGCCGACUGUGGCCUCUGGAGCGCCACUGCACCGCCUGGUGUCUGAGAUGAAGGAGAAGCUGAAGCGAUUCCGGCUGUUCUGGCUUUCUCUGCCGCUGGUUUUCUGUCAGGAUGAACAGAUUUCAGUAGAUGGAGAAACUGAGGAUCAGCAGUGCUGGAAUGGACAUCACAGCGGCAGAUACACUGCUGAGGUCCAGAAGGAUGGCCUGGCUCAUCAGGCCAGUAACCCGGAGGUCAGUGUUGAUGUUUCCAGACCAGAUUCCCUGAUCCGUCAGCAGAUCCUGGCUCUCAGAAUCAUGAGCAACAAGCUGAAAAACGCUUAUGACGGACACGACAUCAACUUCCAGGACUCCAAUGAGGAAAGCAGUGGUUCCGGCAGUGGCAGCGGCUGCAUGGAGUCGUGUGUUACAGACUCAGAUUCCUCCAUCACACACACUCCCGUCCCCAAAGCAGAAACUACAGAUGAAGCGGCGGCGGUGGCAGAUUCUGCUUCAGCUCUGGAGAUCUACACACUCACACUGAUGCUGACACUGAGCCUGACCUGCAGAUAGUGAACGCUCACACACACAUACUGAACACUGGAGAUAUACACUCCUCCAGAAACACACACCACCAGCCACCGUAAGAAACUCUUCAAAAGAGUCGAGAGUUUUACAGUAAAAGGGUUUUGCAUUUACAGUACAGCAGACUUCAGUUCACUUACAGUACUGUAGAUCAUAGCUGAAGACUAAAUUAUUCACCAUCCUGUGAAAUUUAAAACCUUUUUUAAAAAUUUCCCAAGU